AACAGAAUUGAAAAAUAACCCCACCAGAGCAGACGAAAAUUCACCGGUGCUUCGCUCGCCCAGUCGCUGCUUUGAUUCCGGUGGAUCCAGUCGUUGGUCCCGUGUCGUUCCGUUUAGCUUCCGGGUGUGUUGUACUUGUGCCUUAAUUAAUCUCCAAAAGAAGAAGGAAAAUCAAACAGCUAGAAAAAAAUGGCAGCAAAAAUCAAGGCCGGUCCAGUGGUAGACAUCCUCGGGGACGAGAUGACCCGCAUCAUCUGGGACUCGAUCAAGGAGAAGCUCAUCCUGCCGUUCCUGGACAUCGAACUGCACACCUACGAUCUGGGCAUCGAGAGCCGGGACCAAACCGAUGACAAGAUCACCGUUGACUGCGCCGAGGCGAUCAAGAAGUACAACGUUGGGAUCAAGUGUGCUACCAUUACGCCCGACGAGGCCCGUGUAACCGAAUUUAAGUUGAAGCAGAUGUGGCGCUCACCUAACGGAACGAUCCGUAACAUCCUGGGUGGCACCGUGUUCCGGGAAGCCAUCAUUUGCAAGAACGUGCCCCGUUUGGUGCCGGGCUGGGAGAAACCGAUUGUGAUUGGGCGUCACGCCCACGGAGAUCAGUACAAGGCUACUGACUUUGUGGUUCCCGGAGCUGGAACCGUUGAGAUCAAGUUUACCCCGGCAUCUGGAGGUGAGCCAAUCAGCUACGUUGUGAACCAGUACAAGGGGCCAGGUGUUGCCAUGGCCAUGUACAACUUGGAUGACUCAAUCAUCGACUUUGCACAUUCUUCGUUCAAGGUUGCUCUGGAUCGCAAGUUCCCUCUAUAUCUGAGCACCAAGAACACAAUUCUGAAGAAGUAUGAUGGUCGCUUCAAAGACAUUUUCCAAGAAAUCUACGAGAAGGACUACAAGAAGCAGUUCGAAGCCGCCGGCAUUUGGUAUGAACACCGUCUGAUCGAUGAUAUGGUUGCCUAUUGCUUGAAGGCUGAAGGAGGAUUUGUCUGGGCCUGCAAAAACUACGAUGGAGACGUUCAGUCGGACACCGUCGCUCAAGGUUUCGGAUCUCUCGGUCUGAUGACCUCAGUGUUGGUUUGCCCGGAUGGCAAAACGGUGGAAGCUGAAGCUGCCCACGGAACCGUUACCCGCCACUACCGUCAGUAUCAGCAGGGUAAGGAAACCUCGACCAACCCGAUUGCCUCGAUCUUUGCCUGGACUCGAGGCCUCUUGCACCGGGCCAAGCUCGAUAACAAUGCCGAGCUGAAGAAGUUUGCCGAAACGCUCGAAAAGGUCUGCAUCGACACGAUCGAAUCCGGCUUCAUGACCAAGGAUCUGGCCAUCUGCAUCAAGGGCAUGUCCGGGGUGACGCGUGCCGACUACAUGGAAACGUUCGAGUUCAUGAACAAGCUCGGUGAAAACCUGAAGGCUGCCUUGGCCUAGAUGGGCGAAAAAUUACAGGUUCUACCAAUACGUACUUUGGUUGGGGCAUUUAUUGGUCUAGCGUAAGUGGAUCGGAUAUUUUAGGUAUGCGUUUUUUGCAUGAUACUCCCAUCGUGAAAUCGUCAGUUUUUUUUCUGAAAAUAAAAUCAUUAUUUUGAAGCACAUUCUCUAACUUGAAAA